AUGUCCGAGUCAGAAAGGACCAAUGCUUCUUCCUCGCCCGAUGGCCAAAACUCCAACAACAGCGGAGAUGAUAAGAGAUCUAUCUCACCUGAGAAGUUGAAUGGGAGGAGCCAAGGCCAAGAUGAAGAGCAUGAGGAACCAGAACAUGGGCGAGAUAAACAACGGGACAGCCCACCAUCUGCUCGACAUAUUCAAUUUCGAUCCCAGGCCAACCUAGCGCAAGAAGCACAGCGAGAACAGCCACGUGAAGAUCCUCGCGCAGAAUGGGACAGAUCACACAACCUAGUCAUACCCCAUCGCCCGUCGAUGCCUUACUCUCACGACUCAGCCGAUAUAGCUGAUACACCACUGGAAGACCGAGAUCAGGGUAAUCAGGAGGGCGAGGCCUCAAAGGAAAAGCAACCCGAAGAACCACCCCCUGAACAAGCACCAUCCGAGGAGACAGGUCCAGAAACACUGAGUCUGGCAUAUAUAAAGCGAAGCAUACGGUCAGCAAUUGACAAGUUUAAACAAAAGGCCUCGGAAAUCGGCGAACGACUGGGCCGGCCAACUACUGGUGGGGAUGAUCUACAUCCCGGUGUGUACCAUGCCGACUGGGCGUCCGGCAGUCAACCACCGGUGUCGGACGUAACGGACAACAAAAACAAGACUGAUCAAGAGAAGCGACAAAACCAGGCUCAAAGUAGCUCCGAGGCCCAUCGACUAGUGCGUGACUUGACGCAGAGUCAUUCCGGCAAACGGCGCAAAACGCGGCCCAAGCCAUACCCGCAUGGAGGAAUGAAUUAUAUUGGGGGUGAGGAUGAAUCGGCUAUGGAAUCUGGGUUGCGAUAUCGUUCUGGUGGUGGUGGAAUUCUUUCACAGCUGAUCAAGUUGAACGGUGGGAAUGAGCAAGGAGGGGGAGGAGGAGGUAUGCCAUCACGGACACCGAGUCAGUCAUCUUUAUCCGGGGCUGCGUCUCGAUCUGAUUCCGAGUCUGGACGAGCGACGCCUGGGAAAAAGGCUAAACCGCCGAAGUGGUACAAAAGGCCCCCCAAUACAUCGACUUCCACUCUAGUUGGGGCGUCGGGUGACCUGAGCGGCGCUAGUACGCCUGUCUCGAGCGAAGUACUAUCAGCUGCGUCACAGCGUCGUGGCCAGCAAGCCGAGCGCAAGACGAAUCUGGAAGACGAAAUUAGAGUGACAGUUCACAUCGCGGAAAUUAUCUGUCGGCAGCGAUAUAUCAUGCAACUAUGCAGGGCGUUGAUGCUGUUUGGCGCACCCACCCACCGACUGGAGGAAUACAUGCAGAUGACCGCCAAAGUGCUGGAGGUUGACAGCCAGUUUUUGUAUCUGCCGGGUUGCAUGAUCAUGUCAUUUGACGAUCCAUCGACGCGAACCACGGAAGUGAAGCUCGUUCGCGUGGGACAGGGAGUUGAUCUUGCUCGACUGUCUGAUACCCACCUCAUAUACAAGAACGUCAUUCACGACGUGGUUGGGAUCGAGGAAGCUGUACAGGAACUCGACGAUGUCAUGAAGAAAAAGCCCCGGUAUCCAAAGUGGGUUGUCGUGUUGGUGUACGGUUUAGCGACUGCCACUGUUGGUCCCUUUGCAUUCAGCGCUCGCCCGAUCGAUUUACCAAUCAUCUUCAUCAAUGGACUGUUGGUAGGACUCAUGCAACACCUGGCUGCACCGCGAUCAGUUCUCUACUCCAAUGUCUUCGAAGUGACCUCGACCGUGGUGACAUCGUUUCUCGCUCGUGCUUUUGGCAGUAUCCCACGGACGGUCAUCGAUGGCAAGCGCCAGUAUAUCUUUUGUUUCUCGGCGAUUGCCCAAUCGUCGAUUGCAUUGAUCUUGCCCGGGUUCCUGGUUCUGUGCAGUAGUCUCGAGCUGCAGUCUCAUCAGAUCAUCGCUGGGUCAAUUAGGAUGGUAUACGCGAUCAUCUUUUCCCUUUUUCUUGGCUACGGCAUCACAGUUGGCACUACGGUCUAUGGUCUUAUGGACAACGGAGCCGUAUCAGACAUCCAAUGUCCACAGACUGGCGCAUUCAAGAAUCCCUACGUGCAACGCUUUCCGUUCGUGACGAUAAUGACUGUCUGGCUCCUGAUCAUCAACCAGGGGAAAUGGAAGCAGCUCCCGCCAAUGACAAUCAUCGCACUGUCCGGGUACAUCAGCAACUACUUCAGUACGAAGAAGCUAGGUUCAAACUCGCAAGUUGCGAAUACCGUUGGUGCAUUCACUGUGGGAAUCAUGGGAAAUUUGUAUAGUCGUCUAUGGCACGGUCACGCUGCGACUGCUAUCUUGCCAGCAAUCUUCAUUCUUGUGCCAUCUGGCCUAGCAGCUACAGGCUCUUUGAUCUCUGGUGUCCAGUCUGCAGACCAGAUCAAGCAAAAUGUCACUUCCCAUGGUGCGGCGAGCUCGGCCCCUGGAGCUGGAUUGGCAUCAAGUAGUUCGGUGUUUAGCUUGGGAUUUGGCAUGAUUCAGGUGGCGAUUGGAAUCACCAUUGGUUUGUUUAUUGCGGCGCUGUGUGUGUAUCCAUAUGGCAAGCGUCGGAGUGGAUUAUUUAGCUUCUAG